UAUGUUAAAAUCAAGUUAUGUCAGGCUCCUUGUAGUAAUACUUACUUGAACAAUAGUAUAAAAGCCUGCCGCGGUUUAUGUGACACCACACCACUAUCAAACCUGGUAACGUUAAAGACUCGCCAUGAUUGCAAAGGUACUUUUAUUUGUUUGUUUGGCGGCAACCGUCAAGGCUGGAGGGCUUCUUGCUCCCGCGGUUUAUGGAGCACCUGCAUACUCCUAUGGAGCAUGGAACCCUUAUAGCUCAUAUCCCGCUCAGCCAGCCAUUUCUUCACAACAUUCGAACAUAUUGAGAUCGCCUUUUAAUUUGGGACAGAUCUCCACAUAUAGCAAAGCGAUCGAUACUCCAUUUUCAAGUGUGCGCAAAGCAGACAUUCGUGUGAGCAACCCUGGCUUGGCCGUAGCACCUGCAUACCACAGUUAUGCUGCACCUAUAGUAUCGCAUGUUGCUGCUCCUGUGGCUACAGCUAGAGUAACUGGAGGUUUAUUAGGUGUUGCCUACUCAGCAGCCCCUGCUGUGUCCCACAUGACGUACACGAACGGUCUUGGCCUAGCUUACGCUUGGUAAAACGUCUUCAAUUGUUGGACGUUAUAAGACGUUAUAUAUACAUCACUUCUUAGGUCUAGAUACCGACCAUGCCUUACGUUUAAGUAUUUUGUAAUAUAAUUCAGAUUCCUCAUUGUUUAUUACCUUGUAAGUGUUGACAUUAUUUAUUGUGUUUGUUUAAUGAAAUAUACAUCGAGAAGAAA